GAAAUACUAACAUCGAAACGAGGUUCUGAAGACUUCCUGUUUCAGCGCUUGACUAUCACAUUGAGAAAUUGUGGUGGUGAAGUGUCUGGCAUGACACAGCCUGUGAAGAAGGGAAGCUGGAGGGAAGUUAAAACACUUGGGUCAGGUGGUUUUGGGACGGUGGUGCUAUGGGAGAAUGAGGAGAAUGGAGAACAAAUCGCCUUGAAGCGAUGUCGGGUACAGAACGAAAUGUCACCCAAGCAUCGGCAACGAUGGAAGAUGGAGGUCGACAUCAUGAAACGACUGUGUCAUGAUAAUGUGAUCGCUGCCCGGGAGGUCCCUCCACGACUUGAUGUCACAGGUGAUGAGGUCCCUCUCUUGGCCAUGGAAUACUGCGCUGGGGGAGACCUUAGAAGGGUGCUGAACAAACCUGAAAACUGUUGUGGGAUGCGAGAGUACGACACUCGAUGCUUGGUGCGAGACAUUGCACAGGCUGUGGAGUACCUCCAUGAGAACAGGAUCAUCCACCGGGACCUCAAACCUGAGAAUAUUGUACUGCAGCAAGUGGAGGAGAGGAUUGUAUAUAAGCUGAUAGACUUGGGCUAUGCCAAAGAGCUUGAUCAGGGAAGUGUGUGCACCUCAUUCGUUGGAACUCUGCAGUACCUUGCCCCGGAGCUUUUCGCAUCCCAGAGAUAUACGUGCACUGUGGACUACUGGUCAUUUGGAACAGUUGUGUUUGAAUGUAUUGUGGGAUUCCGGCCUUUCCUGCCCACUGUGCCUCCAGUCAGAUGGCACAAGGAGGUGUGUCAGAAGUCGCCAGAAGACAUCUGUGCCGAGAUGACCAACACAGGAGAGGUGAAGUUCCACAAGAGGCUUCCAGCUCCCAACCAUCUAUCCAGGACAAUGCGAGGUUACUUUGAGCAGUGGCUCAGGAAGAUGUUACGCUGGGAUGCGAAGGCAAGAGGAGGUGGUAUCACGCCGGACAAGAGACCCAAGUGUUUCAACAUGCUGCAGCAUGCGCUGGACUUGAAGAUCGUGCACAUCCUGUAUGUGGAGGCUAACCAACUGAUCACAUACCCUGUGCCAGAGGAGCACACGAUGCAGAACCUGCAGCUGAUCAUAGAGCAGGAGACGAAGAUCCCAGUGGCGGAGCAGGACAUCCUCCUGGCCAGCGGCAUCCCUCCGGACCCCAGUGCCCCGGCAUACCAGUGCUGGACAGAACCAAAUGAUGAGGAAUGGAUUGUAUUUCUGUUCCGGAAAGGAGAUUCUUCACCAGGCCCUCGAAAACAGAAGCAGCUACCUAGGAUGGUCCAACUGAUUGUGAAGGAACCAAACACACUCCUCCCAGCCCAUGAACAGCGGCGUGCCUGGGCACAUGCCGUCUACUUCUGUCAUGAACAGAAUCUGGACUUCAAGAGGUUGAUACUGAGUCAGCGAGCGGCCAUGCUCAACUUGUUGCGAACAAAUUCUACAUUCCUUAAAUUAAAGAACAGGAUGUUGAAUGAAAUAGGGAAGCUGAUAGCAAGAAAGGAACACUUUAAAGAAAGCCUGGUGUUCGACAUGCAGCACUACAAGGACCAGGCGUCUAAUGGCGGUAUCACAUCUGAGAAAAUGUUUUCAAAAUGGCUGAGAAUGUCUGAAGAAAUAGAAAGGUAUUCAGAACUGAAAGACAGAGUGAACACCUUGGACCAGCAGUCUACAGCCCUGCAGACAAAAAUUGUGGAGCUGCAGCGGAGUCCAUUUGCCAGAAUAAAACAGAACGAUGUCCUGUGUGAUUGUGAAGAGUCAGCCAAAAGACUAUACCAGGAACUAAUGCAGACACCAAAGGAAAACCGUGGCAACCUGAUGGACCACACCAAGAUGGUGCAGCCUGUUGUCAAGUGUGUGCUAGUCAGGGACAAGUCCAUUGUGGAUCUGUACACUUACCUGGGUAAAGUGUCGCAGUGCCGCUACGAGCUGCAGAAGAUCAUGCCAUCCCUGGACCAGUGCUGUGAGGAGAUUGGUGCGGCGAGUAGACAGCUGAUGACCAAUCAGCAGAGUCGACAACAAGACAUCUGGAAUAUGCUCAAACUUGUGGUGAACAAAGGCAAGCAGGCGGGUACUCUGAUGCGAUCCAACUCGCGCUCAAGCUCAUCUGGACCAUCAAGUCUUGGCAGCCUGUUUGGUGCUGGAGCGCCGAUGUCCUUCCAGACCAGUGGGAAUCAGGAGUCACUGAGGGUCAUGGAGGAGUCGAAGGAACACCAGAAGAAAUUUGAGGAGAUGAUGCACAGUCUCCGAGAGGAACAGGAGGAGAACAUGUCGCUCAUGACAUCCAUCAACGAUGUCAUUGAUAUUGCUGACCCUGGCAGCUAGGACUGCCCCAACUUAUUCCAGCUUGACUUAAGGGACACCGUGCAUUAGUUUAGCGUUGAGUGAGUGAUGUGGGAGGAACACCUGUCCCAGGGAGGCAGCGGCAGAUGGUACUGGGUCUUACACACGUCAUUCAUCUUCCGUCAGCUAUAGUUUCUAGAGGAAUCAACAACCGGCUUCACAUGCUGCGUUAUCCCACUGGCUACAAGUGUUAGGGAGAUGUGGGGACAGACACCAGGUGUCAUGAUUGGUGUCAAGUGAUUCCACAUUUAUGGCUGAUGUUAUCAGAUAACCAUUAAUGGACUUCAUCAUUGUUUUAUCUAAUGGCCAAGGUUUUAAGUACUGAGCUUUGUAACAUACAUGUAUACAUGAGAGAGUAUGAAUGAGAGUGUUUCAUGACUGUGAUUGUGUGUGGUAUCUUCAGGCUAGGGUUAGUGUUGUUACCAUUCUUAUAAGAUUCUGUGAACAUUGUGUGAUUUUUAUGUUAAUUGUCCCUAUGCCUGAAGUAUCUGUAAGAAGCUAUGAAUAUAAGUGGAUUAAGGGUCUGUUUAGUGUUCAGUGAAACUGUCCUUUGGCAAUUCAAGGGUAGGACUGGCCCCAAGUACAGGGAAACAUCUGAAUUUAAUGGUCAUGCUCUGUGUUGCAUGUGUAUUGUCACAGGUGAAUGUCAUGCGUCAUUAUAUAUAUGUGUGAUGAGACUCAGCCUUGUACAGGCCACCAGUAUAUGGCUCAGUGUUCAGGGAGGGAAUCAACCAGGUAUGUCUGCUCAAGCCAAAUAGUGAUCCAACAAAAUGUUGGAAAUUCUCCUAGCCAUCAGGGAUCCCUUUAACAUUAUCAAAGCUAGCAGCCAGUGAGCUACUGCUUGUUUUCAAUGCAUGAAUGAUUAAAUACAAUUAAAGAUGCAUGUUCACAUGUACAUCCAGUACAUCCUCUGCUUGCAUCCUGUACAAGGGUACUAAGUGUAGAACUCCCGUGGAAUAUUGCCCAAAGUGUUAUAAAACUAUAUUCACUCACCUUGUUGUUUCUUGCAAGUAUAUUACAAGUUAUGACUUCACACACAGGCCCAUUUCAUUGGCUCCUAUGGACAUGACUGUCACCAUUCUGUGCCUACACAGAUAUUGUUCAUAACGGCGCGUCGGUGUGUCUGUGAUGAAGCGAGGGAUGUGAGAUGUGGAAAAGUGUUGACUCAUCAAUCCAAAAACUCAUAGAUCAUGAUGUGUUAAUAAAACUGUUUUGUUUAUGUUUUGAGUUAAAAUCGAUUUGUUACACCAUGUUUUAACCACCACUGUGACGUCUCGGUAUAUGAGAUAAACAGGGUAUCAGCUAUGUUAUAAUACAGGUAUCAGAUAUUGUACAUUGAAUGCAGCCUUGGCUUGGUUCCAGAUUAUUUUGUUAAUAUGAAUUUGAGGUUUUAUGUCUAUUAAAUAUUUUAGUUAGACUUGAUGAAAGUAUGCAUUCAACAGACUUCUUUUAUGUGAGUGUGACGUUUCGAUACAGAUUCUUGUACCAUUGCCAAGCACCUGUGUCAAAACGUUGCAGUCAUGAAUAAAAGAAGUGGUUAUCCGUAAAGUUUGUUCUAUAUUGUACUUCUCAACUUCUAAAAUGCCACUCAAAGAAGAGACCCUUGUUCAGUUAGUUGAUGCUAGACUUGAUGAAAGUAUGCAUUCAACAGACCCUUGUUCAUUUACUUGAUGUAAGUAUGCAUUCAACAGACCCUUGUUCAUUUAGUUGAUGAAAGUAUGCAUUCAACAGACCCUUGUUCAUUUAGUUGAUGAAAGUAUGCCUUCAACAGACCCUUGUUCAUUUAGUUGAUGCUGGACUGGCAUGCAUUCAACACUUUUUCAGUUAGUUGUGACAGUGUACAAGAAAUGUUUUAUCAUGCAGUUUUGAAUCUACAUUGUUUUUUGUACAAAGUGAUGAAUUGUUGAACAUCUUAGCAAUGAAAUUUGUAAAAACUAAAGAAAAUAUGGUUCAAAUUAUGUUUAAUUUCAAAAUAUGGUAGUUUGCCUUUUUUAGCUUUUGAAUAAAAGCCUUCUACUGCU